AUGGCUGACCUGGUGGCAUUGUGGGAAGUAGCUCUCAGCGAUGGUGUUCAUAAAAUAGAAUUUGAGCAUGGUACCACCUCAGGAAAGCGAGUAGUGUAUGUUGAUGGAAAGGAAGUCAUAAAAAGGGACUGGAUGUUCAAGCUUGUUGGGAAGGAAACCUUUGUAGUUGGGGCAACUAAAACAAAAGCAACAAUCAACAUUGAUGCAAUCAGUGGCUUUGCGUAUGAAUAUACUUUGGAGAUCAAUGGGAAAAGCCUAAAGAAAUAUUUGGAGAACAGGUCUAAGACUACAAAUACGUGGCUACUAAAUCUAGAUGGAAUAGAUUCUCGAAUUGGAGAAUUUGUUGAAGAUGGCACUGAGACUCACUUUACUAUUGGCAAUCAUGACUGCUGUAUCAAAGGUGUGAGCAGUGGGAAACGAAGAGAAGGAAUUAUCCACACUCUUAUUAUGGAUGGCCAAGAAAUCCCAGAAAUUGUUGAGUAA